ACGUUAAGGUCAACACAGCACUGGCACACUGUAGACUGGUCAGAUACCACCAUUUAGUGAUUUGGGGUAGCGUUUUCUAUUCUUCUCCCCCAAUGGAUAAUCAAGCAGUCACGGCAGAUCCUCAAUUGCAGCAGUUCAUCGAGGUCGAGUCUCAAAAGCAGAGGUUUCAACAGCUGGUUCAUCAAAUGACAGAAGUGUGCUGGGAGAAUUGCAUGGAUAAACCUGGUCCAAAGCUUGACUCUAGGACAGAGGUUUGUUUUGUAAACUGUGUGGAACGAUUCAUCGACACAAGCCAGUUCAUCCUCAACAGACUAGAGCAAACCCAGAAGAGUAGGGCAUCUUUCUCAGAGACCAUGACAGACUACUAGAGAACUAUAGUCAAUGUCUGGAUGAAAAGACUGCACCAGUCAGCCACUUAUUCAGGCUUUGGCAUGCCAACAUACAAACUUUGAGGUAACUGCUAUCAACAAAGUGAACAAAAUCAAAUUAAUUUUUCAAAGUGCCUCGUUUUGCUCCUUUUUUGUUUUGAAGGCCAGCAAGUCUCUAAUCAGUACCAUCGGUGUAGACAUUUUCCAUUGAUAAGACUAGUACGCAUACUGGAACAUGAUUUGAGUGGAACAUCUCCUCUCAUUGGUCCAUUUGUAUGGAUCUAAUUACCUGGAAUUGGGGAGGAGGCACUCCAUUCACUUCUUUUCAAAAUACCAGUACUCCUGUCAUACCAUAUCCGCAAUGCAUUGUCUUAUUGGGAAUGCUUGAAGAUCUGUGGCAUGUAAUGUCUGUUGAAAUGUGGACUUUUAAUAAAAGGUGAAAUAGCCUGCAUUUAUUUAUAUGAUGCCUAAAAAUGUCAUAAGAGUUAGAAAGUUGGAGUAGUUGGAAAGCUUUGAAUUAGAUUUGUCAAAGAAGAGGUUAAAAGUUUAAGCUGGCUAUUAAAAUACUUUUUUUUUUUAACAUGCACUUCAGAUAUGUAACAGAACAAUGCACCACCUCAGAAUUUCAGUUGUUGCAAUUAUUUCAAAUGGCCUUACUCUAUCACCUAUGUAAUCCAUCCAUCCAUCCAUCGUCAACCGCUUAUCCUGUGUACAGGGUCGCGGGGGGCUGGAGCCUAUCCCAGCUAACAUUGGGCGAAAGGCGGGGCACCUAUGUAAUGCAAAUUCUAAAAGUUGUCAAGCCCAUAUAGUUUUGUGUUUUAAACCAAAUCUUGCUUCAUACUGCAUAUAUUUUGGCAUUACAUGUUCAUUUGAUUCUCCUUAUUAUAGAUUAAUGUAAACCUACAUAUAACCAAAAACAAGGUUGGUUGCAAAGCUGUUUGGUCCUAGAAUAAAUAAUGUAAUACAUUUAAUAAGAUGUUGAUGUACAGCAGACUAUUAAACACUAUGCUGCUACUGCAUAUACUAUAAACGAUAAAGUGUUGGGAAAAAUCCUCCUUACCCUGAAAAUAUCAACAGUGUGGAACAGUAACAAACUGGUAAGAUGAUAAUGGCAAUAUUGUUCUUGAAAAUGUCAGAGAAGUACCGUGUAUGCUAAUACACAAAGCAGAAAUGCAAAUUGAAGUUAUCCCACAGUAACAGGUUUUCU